UUUUUCCUCCGCCGUACUCCCUACUCUCACCGCCGGGGCAGCCGCCGCCGCCCACUUCCAUUUUGCCGGCGUACUCUCCGCUUCCUUCCUCGACGGAUUCAAAUCAGGAAAGUACAGGUAUAAUUACUGCGAUUGCACAGAUCAAUUCGUACACUCACUUUGUGCUAAACCUUGGUGCGAGUUUAGGUCAGGCUGUUACGCAUACACAAUUGCAGGCGGCCCCUCCACUCUUGAGUCCAGUCCUCCAGCAGCGAGCGACAUCGUCCACCAGUGAGGCGUGAGCAGUGACCGACGACUCGACGGACGACGGUAAUCGGAUUUGGGAGGAAGGUGAUUGGAUAGCUCAUCAGUUGCAGUACACUUGAAGAUCGGAGCGCUGAGCCAUGCAAACAGCUGCUUAUCAUUCCAUAAACUUUUACCUACCUGGCAGAAGAGGCUCUACAAAAACAUGUGCUUGGACGAACAUUAGAAACAAAAAUCAAAGUCAGUUUUCUCAGAGACUUAAGCUGAUUAAAGGAGUUGAGAAUGUUCACAAUUUGGGAUCUUUUGGCCAAACCAGAUUGUUUCUAGACCCUAACAGCUUACCAGUCCAUGAAACCAGGGUUUCCACAAUCCCUGAUGAUGGACAUUCGCCAUCUGUUUGUGUCUCUGAAGAUCUUGCAGACACAAACGACAAACCAUUUCAAGAAUUCGAGCCAUUUUUCAGCAAAUGGUCUCCUCCUAGAUACCUAUGGAGAGGGUUAUCGGUUUUUAUCUUGGCUGGUCAGGUGAUAAUGAGGAUACUUAACGGUAAAAUCCACUGGAGAAACACCCUCCAACAGCUAGAAAGAGUCGGUCCAAAAUCAGUUGGUGUCUGUUUGUUAACCUCAGCUUUCGUGGGCAUGGCUUUCACCAUUCAGUUUGUUAGGGAAUUCACAAGAUUAGGUCUAAACAGGGCUGUUGGCGGUGUACUAGCCCUGGCAUUCACACGUGAGUUAAGCCCUGUGAUCACUUCAAUCAUUGUCGCUGGGCGUAUUGGGAGUGCAUUUGCUGCAGAAUUGGGGACAAUGCAAGUUUCUGAGCAAAUUGACACUUUGCGAGUUUUGGGUACAGACCCUGUAGACUACUUGGUAACUCCAAGAGUCAUUGCUUCUUGUGUCGCUCUACCGUUCUUGACCCUUAUUUGUUUCACAGUAGGGAUGGCAUCUAGUGCUCUAUUGGCCGAUGGGGUUUAUGGGAUUAGCAUUAACAUUAUCUUGGAUUCGGCUCAGAGAGCGCUUAGAUCAUGGGAUAUAGUUAGUGCGAUGAUCAAGUCUCAAGUAUUUGGUGGGAUCAUAUCGGUUGUGAGCUGUGCUUGGGGGGUCACCACUUUGGGAGGUGCCAAAGGUGUUGGAGAGUCGACUACUUCUGCUGUGGUCCUUUCACUUGUUGGUAUCUUUAUAGCCGAUUUCGUGCUUUCUUAUUGUUUCUUCCAGGGAGCCGGCGAUUCUCUGAAGAACCUGUAACUUUGAUUAAAUACAAUCGGUCGUAGCUUUAGACCUUUUUGUCUCUCGAUGUUGCUUGUUCUCAUUUGUGGGUUGGAGAGCUCUCAUACUCCACCCAAAGUUGCUUCGCCCAACUGGUAAAAUCUUGUGUUUGUUUCUCGGA